AUGCAAUUUGAAACCUACCACUUUAUAAAGUAAUUUAUUUGUCUAAACUUCAAGUUAAAUGUAGAACGAAAAGAUAUAAUUUUUCUGGUUAAGUUACUAUCAAUUGAAUUGCAGCUUUUGAAUCUAGGGUUCCAAAAAUAUUUUCAAACUAUUGCAAGGAAGAGCAGGCUGUAAAUAGCUAAAUAGCAAUAAUCUCACCUUUUUUAAUAAGAUUACAAAUCAAUAGUACUUAAACUUUAAGUACUUGAAGAAAGCAACUAGAAUGUAAGAAUUUUUUGCAUGAGUGAAAGUUUGAGUUCUGUUGAUAUUUAUCAAUCUAGGGGACUGAGUUCCUGCAAGACAGUCUCAAAAUUGGAAUCGGUUACUAAGGCUUCAAAAGGAGCUCUCUCCCACGAAACUCCUCCUAGCAGCUAUAUUAAUUCAAGCCAAGUCAGACAUGCCAUACAUGAGCCAGUUUCUCCAAUAGAUAAUUUACUGAGCAAGUUCAUCAGUUUCAUUAUAAGAUAGAACCUGAUUGUGGAAUAUUUAGUUAAUAAGUGA